AUGUCAGUAUCAACAAAACUUGUGCCCGUAUCAAAUCGAUCAUUCAUGUCUCGAUCAUUAAUAGCUGUACCUAAUAGAUCAUCAGUACAAACAACUGUACAAAAAGCUAUUUAUCUAACCAUAGAUUAUACAGCAACAUUAGCAAAACGUGGUCCAACAGUUCCUAAUGAAUGUCAUCGUAAAAAUGGUGAACAACAUCAUUCGGAUAGAUCUAAUUCGUCUAGAAAUAAUCAUCGAAUACGUUCUCAUAUAAAUCAUCAACAUAAACAUCAAAAUUCAACUGAUUCAUUUAGUUCUAAUAUUAAUAUUAUCACAUCGAAUAAAUCAUUCAAUUCUUUAUCAGUAAAAUCAUUUGUUUCACAACAUACAAUACCAAAAUCUAUAACAACAAAUAAAACGAAUUAUCGACAACAAUCAUUAGUUAAAAAUCACAUAAAACAGCCGAAAAGUCGAGAAAAUUAUCAACGACAUGUUUUACUUCUUCCAAAUGGAUUAUCUUUAUCUAUCGAAUCUUCAAUACAACAAAUAGAUAAUAAACAUUUUUCAUUUCAAAAUAAUCAUCGACAUCAGACAAAAUCUAUCAUAAUACCAGCAAUAACUACUACAGCAGAUGCUUCUCGAGCACAAGUAUAA